AUGCCGCAAUCAGAAGAAGCCCAGAGGCCCCUCCUGGCCGACUCUCACCAAGAGUACGGCGCGACCACCGACGACGGCCCGGACCGCGCCGUCCCUCCAGAACUCAUCGGCGAGGAACGCGGCGGCACCUUCACUCGCAACCUGGGCACCAUCGACGCCUUCGCCAUCGUCAUCAGCAUCGUCAUCGGCAGCGGCAUCUUCACCUCCCCGGGCUCCAUCGACACCAAUGUGCCCUCGCCCGGCGCCGCUCUGGUCGUCUGGCUCGUCGGCGGCGUGCUGGCGUGGACGGGCGCCAGCGCCAUGGCCGAGCUGGGCACCGCGAUCCCUGGCGAGGGCGGCGUGCAGCCCUUCCUGCGGUACAUCUACGGCGACGUGUUCGGGUUUCUCGCGGCGUGGACUUGGAUCGUGGCCGUCAUGCCCGCGACGCUCGCCAUCCUCUCCAUCGUCUUCGUCGAGAGCAUCUUCUCCGCCGGCGGGGUGACGGACCAAGCGGGCGCCGUCUCGCACAAGCUGUUCUCGAUUCUCAUCCUCAUCAUCAUGAACGGCGCCAACUCCAUCAGCACCAAGGCCAGCACCCGCCUCAACAACCUCUUCGUGGUCACCAAGUUCGUCAGCAUCGCCGCCGUCGUGCUUGCCGGGAUCAUCGUGGUCAUCCUCCAGGCCUCGGAUCAUGAUGGGGACAUUGGCGGACGGGACUGGUUCAACAGGCCGUGGUUCGAGAACCGCAACACCAUUCUGCCGGGCGGCGGUGAGAUCGACUGGAGCAAGAUCGGGGCGUGGGAUAUGCUUGGCUUCUACUCGGCUGCUCUGUACGGCGCUCUCUGGGCCUACUCGGGCUGGGACAAGGCCAUCUACGUCACGGCGGAACUUCAAGAACCCGCCCACCAGCUGCCUCUCGCCAUCAACUCUGCGGUGCCGACGAUCAUUAUCUGCUUCAUCGCGGCGAAUGCGGCUUACUACAUCCUCCUCCCCUGGUCCGUCGUUUCCACGACGGACAGCGUCGCAGUGACCGCUAUCAACCGCCUUCUCGGGCCCGCUUUCGGCAUCGUCGCUGCAAUCCUCAUCUGCCUCGUCGUUGCCGGCUCCCUCCUCGGCAACUCCUUCGUGGCAGGCCGCAUGACGGUCGCCGCCUCCAACUUCAACUGGCUCCCCAAGUUCCUCGGCUUCGUCGGCCGCGUCGGCGUCAAGUCCGACGAGAGCUCCCCAGCCGAAUCAUCUGACGAGUCUGAAGGUCUUACCAAGGAGAAGUCGGACGCGCCCCUCAACGCCCUCCUCUUGUCCACGAUCCUGUCAGCCUUAUACAUUCUCUUUGGCAACUUCCGCGCUCUCCUCACCUUCAACGGCCUGGGCGAGUACACCUUCUUCUUCCUGACGGUCUUCGGCUCGAUCAUCCUCCGGUUCCGGGAGCCGAUGCUGCGCCGGCCGUACAAGCCGUUUGUGCUCAUUCCUGUGGUGUUCGCUGUUGUGAGCGGUUUCGUGGUGGUCAGAGGCGCCAUCUUCGCCCCUGUUCAAGCUCUGAUUUUGAUUGUGCUGUGGCUCGUCGGGCUCGGCUUCUACUGGGCCAGAAGGAAGUAUGCUGCGAGAAGUGCGAGAGUUGAGUAG